AUGGAACCACUCCCUCCCCUCCCGAAGAUCAAUGGCGACUACAACAUCAUGCUCGAUGUUUACACGCAUCGUACCGCGAGGCCCGGUGCAGGUGCAGAUGUAAUGGACGAAGAAUAUGGCAAUACCGAGCGUCUGGCGGAGCUAGGCAAGAAAGUGCUCGACCUGGUCGUCAUACAUCAUUUCUUUUUCUUAAAGCCACAUCUCGCUGCAGAAGAAGUUACGAAUAGAAAAGCCGAAACGCUCUCAGACGAUGCUAUCGUACGAUGGACCGAAAGGUACGAUUUGAAGAAGAAAAUUCGAGCGUUUCCCCAUACUGUUUUGGAUGACCCGAAUGAACUCCGUGUUUUCUUCCACACCUUCAUUGGAGCGCUGUACAUUCGCAAUGGAAUGGCUGAAGUACAAGAUUGGAUCUCUCGCUUGAUAGAUCCCACCAGCGAGCCUGCAACUAUCAUUGGUCCACCACCACAACAAACACAGAGUCUUCCAACACAACCCCUCCAGUUUCCGCCACCCCUGCCGCCCUCUUUUAAUCCAGCAAGCCCACCACCCGUGGCCCAGACGUCCCAGGGUGGCGAUUCCCUUAUUAUGCUGCAACUUGUGAAUCAAAUGGCAGCUCAGCAAAGACGUGCCGUGAUGUAUCAGGCGCAAAGUGAAGGGCCUCCCCACGCGCCUACAUGGACUGUUCAGUGCUUGUUGGAUGGUGCUCUCGUUGGAACCGGGACGGGUCGUAGCCAGAAAUUGGCGAAGGAGGAGGCCGCCAGACAGGCAUGGAAUGUCUUGGGAGUUCAUUAG